AUGACGACUCCAUCAAUAGCCUGCAUAGGCAUAAUAGGCAAACACGAUAACCCUCUCCACAUCGCCCUCUUUCCCCCUCACACCAGCGCGCCGUCCGCGCACCUCGAAUUCUCCUUCCUCCUCAACGCCUCCCUCGAUAUCUUCGAUGCUUGUGCUCGAGACCGGAAUCGCAUCGAUCAGGACCUCGGUAUGCUGCAAGCAAUUGACGAGCGAUUGAGUAUCUGGGGCUGGGAAACAGGGACGGGAACGAGAUUUGCGGUUGUGGUUGAUGCGUGGGGAAGAGGGGGGAAUAGGGGGUUGAGGGGGGUGUCGGAUGGGGAUUUGAGGGGCGCUUUUAAGGCGCUGCAAACAGCGUAUGUACGGCUGUUGCAGAACCCGUUUUACGUGCCGGAUGAACAUACGCCUAUGGCUGUUGCUAGUGGGAGAGGGAAAGGAGGGGAGAUCACGAGUAAGAGGUUUAUUGAGGAGGUAGAGAGGAUUGGCGAGAUCUGGAAGCCGGGCAUGAGUGUAGUGUGA